GACGUCUGCACGAUAUGCGGAUAUGAUCACUGGGGACUGCGUCGUCUGGCCGGCGACCAUCACGGACGCCGGCCCCAGUAACCGUAUAGCCAAGCCGGCCGGUUUAGCCCGCCGAUCAAAACAGGUUUAGUGUCUCCAGUGAUUUUGUAGAGCCCCAGGUUUCAAUUGCGCUCUUUUCCCUCUUCAUUCUCGCCGAUGCGCGUCUCCGCUUUCUUGCUAUGCAUCUGGUUGGCUGCAGUGCCAACCGUCCUCUCAUUAACUAGCUACGCAAACGAUUUCAUUGACCCAUCCUAUGUUGUCUCCAAGUCUUUCAACUCUACCACGGCGGAGGCGCAGGAGAGCAUCGUCGAAUGGGCCAUACAGCUGGCUGAAUUCGGCCCUUGGUCUGUAUUGAAUAAAUCUGUAAUUGCUCCCAGCGGUGAUAAGCAUGACUAUAUGAGCUGGGCACCUUAUUCUUGGCCAAAUUGCACCGGUGUUGGAAAUACCACAGCGCUAACGGAUGAAGAAAUCUGGAAGACGUGCCCGUACUAUACUCGCGAUGGCCUCUUCAAUCCGGAUGUACGAUUUGUGAACGAUGUUGGCGCGUUCCAGAACAUGUCGGAUGCAGUCCUCUACAAUGCACUCGCCUGGGCUAUCAACGGAUCGUCGACGUUCUCGACCAAUGUAGCCACCUACAUCAAGACGUGGUUCCUAGACGAUGACACCAUGAUGAAUCCGAACCUGAAUUAUGCUCAGAUGGAGCGUGGGCCGACAGGGCAGAAUGGCACGCAUACAGGUGUUCUUGACCUAAAGUGCAUGUCGAAGCUCGUCAGUGGGAUCCUCAUCCUUCGUGAAGGAAACGCCGCAGAGUGGACGUCUGACCUAGACUCGUCCCUGGUAUCCUGGACCAAGGAAUACAUCACCUGGCUCACGACCGCAGACAUAGCCAUUCAAGAAAAGGAAGCUACCAAUAAUCACGGGACCUUCUACUAUAAUCAGCUCGCUGCUUUACAAAUCCUUGCUAAUGACACUUCGGGCGCGCUCGCCACAAUCAAGGAAUAUUUCACCACUCAAUACCAGAACCAGAUCUGGGCCAAUGGCGAGCAGCCUUUGGAAAUGAUCCGCACCAGGCCAUAUCACUACCGAUCCUACAACUUGGCUGCCAUGAUUACGAACGCACGGCUCGGCUCGUACCUGGGCUAUGAUGCCUGGACCCUCGAGACGAAAAACGGCUCCACCAUCCAAACCGCGCUCGACUUUGCGCUGACGGUUGAUCCGGGCUCCGAGACCGCGUCGGAGCUUUAUCCUGAUGUUGCGGCUGUAGGAUCUACCUAUGGCGACUCCGACGGGAAAUAUGCUGCCUGGCUCGCAGCGGCGGACGACACCUACCCUCAGCAGCCGUAUUUCUUCUGGGAUCAGAACUUUUCCGACUCCGGUUUGAGCAAGAAUGUUACAGCAGCCUCCACCCCGACAUCGACGAAGCACGAUAAUGCUGCGCAGUCGAUCCGAUCAGGAUUGGGCGACUCCGUAGCCGGGCUUUGCAUUGCUGUGCUCGCUAUGCUCCUGUAAUCUUCUUGCUUUGACUCACUGGCCACGUAUGCUAUAAUCUAUC